AUGCAUCACACACUGCUGGUGAUAGAACAUCGACGUGGCAACACUUUUGAAAAGAAGGUUCGCCAGACAAAGACCAUACCAGAGAUUCGAUCGCUGCACGGCACAAUUGGACGAUUACCCUCUUAUGAACACGGCCUAGUUUAUCAUAAAUGCGCUUUCGUGACCAAUUUUAAAAUUUGCUGCGACCCAUUAAAUAACCAUCAAACAGCAAAUUCGCUUGAAAUCUUGAGACGAUGCGGGGAGGAAGAAAAAACAAAUUAUUCUGGAUCGAUCAACGACUUUAUGUUAUUAGUCGGUUAUUUUGGAGGAGAUAAAAGUAACUGUGGUAAAGCAGAUGAAAUGUUCACUAUUGGUGAAUACGUAACAGAAGAAGACAGAAGCUUUUAUGAAGAAAAUAUCGUAAAAAAUUGGAAUAGUUCUAGCUGCGUUGAUAUAUCUGUCAGUGAUGAUAAAAAUGAUGGUGAAGAUGAUCGUGAAAAAAGUUAUCCGGAAGUUGAUCCUGAAGUUCACCCCGAUAGACAUCCCGGGAGUGAGCAGGACGUUGUUGGUCAAGAUGUUGGUCAGAAUAAUUCAACUGUGACUACAGAGAGUGAGAAACCUGAUGAAAAUUCCGGAGAUGACAGCCAACAGCCAAGUCAAGACAACAGCCAAGGUCAAUAA